CGGGGCCAGUGCCGGGAAGUCGACGGAAAGGGGCGUGGCUGGCCGUUGCCUAGGAAGGGCGCGUCGUCUGUCUGCUCGUCCGGCUGUGACGGGAAGGGGGUCCCGCUGCAUUUUGGUCACUACUCCGGAGGAGACCACACCUUCCGGAGAACCAGGCCAGAAACCGAAGUACUAUUUUGUAGCUCUCAGAAGCCAGGACUCUGCAACACUGUUUGCUGCCUGUGGAUCUUCUAUAUUCACAGUGUCCCAGUUGCUUCUGAUCUACCACUGUUAGAUACUUCUGCCACCCAUCCUAAUAGUAUAGUUGUUCUUGGAAAGGAGUCUCAGCUGCUGUCAGCAGGAGUCCCUCAUUCGACUCCUGUGGUUGCCCUUUCCAUCAUGCCAAAGAAUAAAGGCAAAGGAGGCAAAAACAGGCGCAGAGGUAAAAAUGAAAAUGAAUCUGAGAAAAGAGAGUUGGUGUUUAAAGAGGAUGGGCAGGAGUAUGCUCAGGUGAUCAAAAUGCUGGGAAAUGGACGGUUGGAAGCAAUGUGCUUUGAUGGUGUGAGGAGGCUGUGCCACAUAAGAGGGAAGCUGAGAAAAAAGGUUUGGAUAAAUACCUCGGACAUUAUAUUGAUUGGUCUACGAGACUAUCAAGAUAACAAAGCUGAUGUAAUCUUAAAGUAUAACGCAGAUGAAGCAAGAAGUUUGAAGGCCUAUGGAGAACUUCCGGAACAUGCCAAAAUCAAUGAAACGGACACAUUUGGUCCUGGAGAUGAUGAUGAAAUCCAGUUUGACGAUAUUGGAGAUGAUGAUGAAGACAUUGAUGACAUCUAGCCUGACCUAACCAUGCUACCUUCCAAGUUCUCUGAAGAUAGCUCCACACACUGGCAUCUUGACCUUCAGCUGUUAAGUAAAACUUCAUGGCAUGUGUAUGACUUGUUAAUGCAAGCUGAUGAAUUUUAUUUUUUGAAGUACUAUAUUUCUUUGAAAACCAAAGAUGUUGAGUUAUCUUAAGUGACAUGUUAACACUUUGUGCUUUUGAAUAUAAUUGAGCCUAGGGCACAGCAGUGAGCACUGUUAAGAGACUGCCUUUCCAUUUGUAACUUCAUUCUGGCACGGGAGUGUUUUGUGUCAGCAGUUCUGCCAGGUGGCCAUCGUGGGCUGAAGUAAGUCCUAGUCCAGCACAUCUGCUUCAGGCCUUUGUACUCGAGUCAUCUGGCUGCGUUCCAGACUUCCCGGCGGACUUACAGAUGUGUAUGGCUGCACUUGGAGUCAGACAAGAUAUGGCUACUUUUGUACUUAUGGAGCCAUGCCAUUUUAUACUUUCAUGUUGUAUACAUUCAUUUGAUCCUUUAAGUUGUUGCCACCCAUAAAAAGGCAUCUUACAGUGCAGUUUUUAAAUUACAUGGGUAGCAAUUUAGAGUUUUAAAAAUUAGUCAUUGCAGAAAUUAAAUACUUAGAGGAGAUAAUCCAUUAUUUGACUUUAGGAAUAUAAUAGUUGACAAUGUUUAUAUAUAAUUUUACUUUUCUAAGGCAUACCCAAAAAUAGAAAAUGAAAAGGAGAAGUAUGUUGUGAUGCUUGCACUGCACAGAGAAAAUUUCCUAGAAACAGCUGUUAAUAACACAUAACAUAUUUUUUACUUUGCAAAGUAGCUUGUGUUAAGUCGUUUUCAAAAAGUUACCUACUGUUUUGAGGCUCUGGAUAAUUAAUUACUCUGUGUUGAUUAAAGUCAGUUACAUAAUUGUACAACCUAAGUUUUCCUUAAACUAAGCUUAGGUUAAAGUUGGAAGAGGAGCCACAGCUCAAUGAAAACAUGGCUCCUGUUUUCUAAAUGGAGGCGUCCAGAAACACAAUAAAACAUGUUGGUACAAAAAAUAUGUUCAUUGUAUCUCUAGUAUAUAACAAAAAUAAAUGACUGGGUGAUUUCUGGUA